AUGAGAGGACAGGUUACUUCUGCUCCGACAACCAAGCUGUCUGUUCUCAAUGCACCUUCCGACGACAUGUGGUGCACCCUGAAUUUCCUUCCGGUUCAUGUCUUUGCUAUGCUCACCAACCAUCUGUUUGCUGAUACCUAUACCACAAGUCGCAGCAAUAGCUCGGCGAUUAUCCAUAAUAGCAAGAUAUAUCAAGAAGCUACAAAAAUUUCAACUACAACCACAACUAUCGAGCAGCGCACUACAGACACUCGGACCUUGAGACACCGUGUUUGGCUUAAAGAUGAGUUGGGAGGCGUUGAGCGGAGAGCUUUCGGCGAAAUUGGACAGCCCCCAGAGUUUAUGGCGAAAUGGGGAGCAUCGGGAAACUCUAUGCUCCAUUUAACGCCGCGGGAAAAGGGUCCGCGAACUGUGCGCGUUGAGUACCUAUGGGAUACCGGAUCGUGGAUACCCCAUGGUAGAAUGGAAGGGAUAUCGUACUUAACGCUCCCUCAUGGCCCUGGAUCUAUUGUGCUUGCACUAAGGACUGAAACGGAUCACAUUCAUUGGCAUUCACUACUCAAGAUUUGCGCCAUAUCUUUCAAGGAUAGAAUAGAUGAUGUUGACGCAGUUGAGGCUCAACAUAUAGAUGUAUUACGAGAUGGCCAGACCAGGAACGCAAUUAACACUUGUCUGAUCUUCACAUGCACAGUGGUUAGUGCCGCGUCGUUCUUGUUUGGUUUCGAUGACAAAAUCAUCUCCCCGGUUGCUGCAUCGCCAGCCUCUGUAAUGAAGUUUCAAGGGCUCAACUCGGCUAGUGGAGCGUAUGUCCUCACGGCUCGCAAUCAAAAUCUGGUGUUUUCCCUUCUGCGCAUUGGUUCUGUGACCGGCGGUCUCUUUGCCUCGCCCUUGAACUUCCACUCUGGCCGCAAAUGGCCUUUGCUUCUUGCGCACUUGACCUCUGUGGGGGGCAGAUUGCUUCAGGUCUUUGCUCCAAAUAGAGACUUGAUAUAA